UCUUAAAGCUAUUCAGUUUCACACAGUAGGUAGAUAAAGAUGCUUUACAGUUUAGUUGUGGAUGGUUUAGAAACCAAAGUGACUCUCAACAAUGAAAAUUUGAAAUUUGAAUCAAAUGGAACGCAAAAUAUCACUUACUUGUUCGAUGACGUCAUAGGAUGUGAAGAGGUUGUAUCGGGAUGGGUUUGGAAAACGGAAGUGACUCGGGUAUGGCUAAUUGAACAUGGGUCUUCAAACUUGUUACUAAAGAAAUGCAGGGUUGUAUCUGGAGACCAAAGAAAACGUUUCCAACACGAUCUAACAGAGAAGAUAGAAAAGGAAACAAAGCGUCCCAAGAAAGUAUUGGUGAUGAUCAACCCUAAUGGAGGCAAUCGUACAGCCACGAAGGACUUCAGAGAUAUAGUAGAGCCAGUGUUCAGACUUUCCGGAAUGUCCAUGGAUAUAAUAUUCUCUGAGCACCCUGGAUAUUUGAUUGCCGCUACUAAAAGUUAUGACUUCAGCAAUACUGAUGGGAUCGUACUACUUGGAGGUGACGGGACAUACCACGAAGUGCUUAACGUAUUGAUGAGGAAAAGACAAGAAGAACUAAGUGUUGAUAUUAACGACCCAAAUGCAGCAUUAUCUCCCUUGAACAUUCCAUUCGGCUUGAUACCAACUGGAUCAGCAGGUCAUUGGUCAGUAAAUCACACUGGCUCUCAGGAUGUUCUAACGGCUACUCUUAACAUCGUUAAAGGGAAAACCGUGGCCUCUAGUCUGAUGGCUCUAUACAGCAAUGGUAAACUUCAAGGAUUUGGGUGUGCUGGCUUCGGCUAUGGAUAUUUUACAAAUGUCUUAUUUCGCUGUGAUAAGAAUUUCCGCUGGUUAGGACGAUACCGAUACAAGCUCCUAUCCAUGUGGGUGCUCCUGUUUGAAAGCCUUACACAAUACAAUUACGAUGCCAAAGUCACCUUCUACACGUCUGUCACUGAGCGACGUAACACUGAGACCAACGAGACAGAGAUCUUUGCUGCUGAUAGAAAACUCACUGGAUACACUUCUUAUACCUCUGAUACAGUGACCUAUAACCGAACGUUUUGGGACAUGAUGAUUUUCAACGGUAACGCCAACAUUGAUGGAAGUGUCCUGAUAGACGCCUCUAGAAUGUUUGUUUCCAAACCCACAAUGUUUACGUCUUUCGUGCUGUUUGGUACGAUAUCAUUAGAAUCUGUGCACAAGUUUUUCAAACAGCUUCGUGGAAAACAGGAAUUGGAACAAUUUCCAAAUGAGGUAGAUGUUUUACAUGUCCGAGGACUCAAACUGGAUUUAACAGGAAAUUCAGAUGACGCAGAACCGGAUACGUCGAUGGGAGUGAGAACAACAACAUUAGAUGGGGAGAAGUAUGAACUGGAAAUUCCAACAUGUGAAUUAUGGUACAAAGAGGAUGUUGUGCCGAUCUUUUCUAGUUAUUUGUGAAUACGAGGACAUGGACAAGAAAAGGAGCUAUGCAUUGUCUAUUUUGAGAACAUACAUGUGCUAUAUUGUUUAUUUGUGAUUCUAAUGUACAGGUAGGAUUCUGUUUGUAACCCCCUUUUCAAAGUUUGUUUUAUGCCAGUUUUAUUUCAUAUAUAGUAUAUUGUUUUGGUAACACAUUAUUUUUACAAUUUCUGACGAUUGCAUUGAGUAAUAUGUUACCUCUAAAACCUCAUUAAUAAAAGAUCCCAUGCUUC